CUAAUCUUCAGUAAAAGGGAUAGUGGCUGUGCCCCUGUGGUUUACUCCCUCUGUGUAAUGCUUUUGCUCUUGUUCUUUAGUUGACCUGGUUUUGAACUUUUUUUUUUUUUUAACAGUUCUCGGUAAAAUCAGGAGUGCUGUUGGGAGUGCCCAGCUUCUCAUGUCUCAGAAAUUCCAGCAAUUUUAUUGGCUUUGCCAACAAAAUAUGGACCCCAGCGCCAUGCCGAGACCAACGUCCCAGGACCUAGCUGGGUACUGGGACAUGCUGCAGCUUUCCAUCGAGGACGUCAGCAUGAAGUUUGAUGAGCUGCACCAGCUGAAGCUCAAUGACUGGAAGAUAAUAGAGUCACCAGAAAGAAAGUGCCCAAACACGUCUGGCUCCCUUUGGAUUUGGGGGAGAGGCUGAAAGGAGAAAGACACAG